AUGGCACCGUCAGCUAGACAUUCAAUCCCUGGUCGCCCGUCACGCAGUCGACCUAGGCCCUCUCUUAGAACAUCCAAUAGCGCCUCCUUCGACUCCCCUGAGGGACCUCCUACAAAGAAGCGAAAGUACGUUCCAGGUGGCCCUGGAGGAGGAGGAAGAUUCGUCGACUUUGAUGCUGCUGCUGCUGCCGCCGCUGUCGCUACUCAAGAAUCACCUAAGAAAGCUACUACUCCGCGACGGCCCUCUACAAGUGGUCGGGGCCGUCAACCUCGUGAGAUGGAACAACCACUACUGGCUCCUCCACCGCCACCCAUCAUACCGACAACACCACCCUCUAUAUCGCGUCCAAGGCGCGAUAAGAACCAGAAUCGCGGUCGCUUCCCUUCCUCCACAGCUGCUGCUCUCGCUCUACAACAGGGCGAUGGAUAUAAACCACGUGAAGAACGCGGGUGGGAGGAGUUCCAUCCUGAUUUGGACAUCGAUGGCAAGCUUGCCGUCUUCACCUCUGAAGAGGUUGAUGCUCCAGAUCCCUCUGCUCCUGUCUUGAGCCUGGAGUCACUGGCUGGUGCGACGGUCUUGGACCAUUCUGGAUCUCCAGUGAUCGUAACAAGUGAGAUGGCAACUCCAAUUCCAAUCAAGCGCAGGCCUGGUCGCCCGCCGCGUCGUCCGGAGGCCAUUCUCAAUGCGCUACUUGCGCAACAGGGACAUAAGAUUAUACCACCCCCGGGUCCAAAUCCCCGGGAGAAACUGACAUUGCCUAAGCCAUCGUUUAGACUGCGUGACCCAUUCACAUUCUACGAGAAGAAGGGCAUCGGGCAUCAGAACUAUGUUGACCGAACCAUGGCAAACGUAGGGUAUCAGGAGAGCGAUUUGUUCCUUCGUCAUGACCGGCGCUUUAUUCGAAUGACCGAAGGCACACAAGAAGAUGACCUGGAUGUGAUCCAACCUGCGAUGACGGAAGGCGAUGUGAAUACCACCAUCGGACGUGUUGAGUACGACAUGGAUGAGCAGGACGAGAAGUGGUUGGAAGAAUAUAAUGCCAAGCGACGUGAGGAUCAGCUUGAGCCGAUCAAGCCUGCUGUAUUUGAGAUCACCAUGACCAAAAUUGAGAGAGAGUGGCACGCCCUCGAGAAGCGCAUUCCAAAGCCGAAUCCCAAACCUCCACAAACUGGUCGUCUUCGUUCUAGCUCCGCGGCUGCAGUCAACGGCGAGACUGUCGGACCGGGCGAAGAACAAGAUAGCAAGUGUGCUAUUUGUGAUGAUGGUGAUUGUGAAAAUUCCAAUGCAAUUGUUUUCUGUGAUGGUUGCGAUCUAGCAGUACAUCAAGAGUGCUAUGGCGUCCCCUUUAUUCCAGAAGGCCAGUGGCUUUGCCGCAAAUGCCAGCUGCUGGGAAGAGGUGCCACUAACUGCAUUUUCUGCCCCAAUACUGAGGGUGCAUUCAAGCAAACAACCUCCUCUAAAUGGGCUCAUCUACUUUGCUCUUUCUGGAUUCCUGAAGUCUCUAUUGGCAAUCCAUCUCUUAUGGAGCCGGUGACCGAUGUCGAGAAAGUUCCCCGCAGUCGGUGGAAGCUGAAUUGCUACAUUUGCAAGCAGCGGAUGGGUGCGUCCAUCCAGUGCAGCAAUAAAAACUGCUUUGUUGCUUUCCAUGUCUCGUGUGCACGUAGGGCUCAGCUCUACCUGAAGAUGAAGAUUGGUCAUGGUCUUAUGGAUUCCCACCUCCUCAAGGCUUUCUGCGACAAGCAUGUUCCUCCUGAUUGGCGACUAGAACAUGGUACCGAUUCUGCGACUGCCGAUGCCAUCGAAUAUUACCGUGAUACCAUGCAGGGUAGGCGCUGGGGAGACAGCCAAGCUGCAGCACUCUCGAUGGGCCCGGCACAUCCUGAUGAUGGUGGGGAAGAGGACCGCACUCUCACUCCUCGCAUCACUCUGACUGUGGGCGGAAAUAAACGGAAGCGUGUUCCUCGAAUGAUCUGGAAGCUACCUUCCGGUGCCCCAGUUAUUCCUCAGGUUGUAUUAAACUCGGUGAUUGCCUCUCUUGGGCGGUUUACGGUUCGCCAAAGAAAGCAAUAUGCCGAGGAUGCUUCGAAGUAUUGGACAUUGAAACGAGAGGCCAGGCGUGGGGCAGCAUUGCUCAAACGACUCCAAUUGCAGUUGGAGACAUUCUCGUCCAUGGAAAUGACACGAAGAGACUAUGUAGCGAUGGGUGUUCCCGGACAUAAACGUUUGGAGCGUCGUAUCGAGUUUGGCGAGCGUCUUUACAAGGAUCUAGACCGAUUAAGGAUGCUAUGUGAUGAGGUGAAGAAACGAGAGAGGGAGAAGUUGAAGGAUGCAGAGAUGCUUCGUAGCAUCGUCGAUCUCGUCUACUUCCCUACGUUCCCACUUCUAUGGCCAAUUUUUGAGAAGGCCCAACUACUUGAUGGCAAGGGUGUGUUUGCUCUAGGCUUGAUGUCAAUCCGGCAGAGGCUCAACGAACGAUUUUAUCCAUCUGUUGCUGCCUUCUCCGCUGAUCUAGCUAGCCUUUUUACGUCGGAAAUUGGGGUUGAGCCCGCUGGCGACACCGCUGAACUUCAAGCGCAGAUCAGCGGUCGCGCUCCAGAGCUCAGCCUGGAGCAACGCGAGAAGAGAAAAUUGGCAAAGCGGAUCAUCAAGGUCAUUCAACCUUCUCUGGAGGACGCGAUUCGGAAGGAGAGCGAGCUGAACCGCAAACCAUUCGAGAAAGAAUUGAAGGAGCUAGAUGUGAUCCUCGACCACAGUUUGAUGUCACGGAACGGUGAUUCCGUCGAGCCAGAGGGAGAUGCUGAGUUGGCUGCUCACCCUGAUGCCAUGGAAGGAGUCGAAGAACCUAUCCUUACUACCGAGGUUCCAUCCGAGACCCAGCCCGCUGCAGACGAACAGCACCCUGAAACAUCUGGCCCAGAAGAACUACCGCCUGCUGAAGAAGCUAUCAACAGCGCCCCCAUCUAUUAUCGACACCCCACACCGAUCUUGACUGAACAAGACCAGCAGCUUCCUUUGGCUUUGGGUGGCAUUCAAUGGUAUAUGCAGCCAUUCGAUCCUGUUGGCACGACUAUUCACGAGGAACGGUGGACGGGACGUGAUGUAAUGCGUGGAAUGAGCGAAGAGCUUAGUGAACUGGACGAGGACGAACUUGAAGGAUUGAAAGACCUGGUGGAUGAUGGAGAUAUGAAGGUCGAGGCCAUCACCAACUCUUCGGCUGCUCCACAACAGAAUACCCGCCGGACUCGACGUUUGCGAGGCUCACGAUGA